UCCUCCCCUUUAAGAUUCUGUUGUUGCUAUCCAGGCGCGGAUUGCGGCGCGGAAACUAAACUGUUGACUGCUUGAACCAACUGCUUCGUCGAUAUAAAAAAAUACAUUUGUAGUACAUAUUCUUUUUGUUAGGACUGCAAAUUUAAAACAUUUCUGGGAAAAUGAGUUCCGUAUUGGAGGAUCCAACUUUAGAAAGGCAUUUUAAAGGCCACCGAGACACCAUUACCAGUGUUGACUUGAACCCCAACAUGAAACAGAUUGCAACUGGCUCCAUGGAUUCCUGCCUGAUGGUGUGGAAUAUGAAAGCUCAGAUGAGAGCCUACCGGUUCGUGGGUCACAAAGACGCAGUGAUGUCAGUGCAGUUCUCUCCCUCAGGACACCUUGUAGCGUCGGCAUCCAGGGACAAAACGGUCCGCCUCUGGGUACCCAGCGUCAAAGGAGAAUCCACGGUAUUUAAAGCUCACACAGGAACAGUACGAAGUGUCAAUUUCUCCAGUGAUGGGCAAUCCUUAGUUACAGCAUCAGAUGACAAAACUGUCAAAGUAUGGGCAGUACAUCGGCAAAGGUUUCUCUUCUCACUCAAUCAACACAUCAAUUGGGUUCGCUGUGCCAAGUUUUCUCCUGACGGGCGACUAAUCGUCUCAGCAGGUGAUGACAAGACCAUUAAAAUCUGGGAUAAAACUAGCCGCGAUUGUAUUCACUCAUUUUAUGAGCAUGGAGGCUAUGUCAGUUAUGUAGAUUUCCACCCCAGCGGUACGUGCAUAGCUGCAGCCAGUUCAGAUAAUACAGUGAAAGUAUGGGAUAUUCGAAUGAACAAGCUGCUGCAACAUUACCAAGUGCACACUGCUGUGGUAAAUGGGCUGUCGUUCCAUCCGUCUGGAAACUAUCUCAUCACAGCGUCGAAUGACUCCACACUGAAAAUCUUGGAUUUACUGGAGGGAAGGCUACUGUACACACUCCAUGGCCAUCAGGGUCCAGCUACCUGUGUGGCCUUCUCCAGGGCUGGGGAUUACUUUGCUUCGGGUGGUUCCGAUGAACAGGUCAUGGUGUGGAAAACUAACUUUGACGCUGCAGAUUAUGAAGAGGUGUUGAGAUCCCAACAAAGAGCCACCAGUGUGAACGGUGCAGUCCAAUCCGGGGAAAGACAGUCAAGGUCAUCGCUUCGGGCCUCUUCAAGGUCACGCGGAGCGGAGUCCUCAGAAGGAGUUGACUUCUCAGACAUUCCACUUUCCCAUGUUGAGAAAAGGAGUGUGAGCCAGACCCGUCCCUCACAGGUUCCCAAAGAUACCUCUGUCUCCUCUCCAACCUCACGACAGCAGCAGCCUCAGGACAACGGGGUUCCAGCAGCCCUGGCUAGCACCCUGGAACAUAUAGUGUGCCAGCUGGAUGUCCUUACCCAGACAGUGGCUAUACUUGAACAGAGACUGACUUUGACUGAAGACAAGCUCAGAGAGUGCAUUGACAACCAGCAGAUGAUCACACUACAGCUUCGUACUAGUAAAUAAACAUCCAGGAUCCUGAGUGUAUCAUUUACUUUACUGAAAGACAGGUCUGAGCUUUUUUUUACACGUCUUGAUUUAAAGUUAUGUGUACAAUUUGAAAUAACCCUUUAGAGCCUGCUUAUAAAAAACAUUAGACAUUGUUACUUGGCAACAUCAAAGUAAGGCGGAAUGGGGGCAUUUAUUUGAGCACAGCAGAGUACCAUUAGAAUAGAGUUAAUCCUAGCUAAUUUAACGUUGCAUGAAUUUAUUCUUGACAAUAGUUUUAAAUAAAUAUACAGUGGUGCCCAUAACAUUGUCUCAAAUACUUGCUGAUUUGUGGAUUAUUGAUUACAUUGCCCCCAAUGAUUCGCCAUUGAGAACCUGUACAGGGCUAAGUAAGUAAUCAGUCAAAGCUCAACAGCAAAGAUGUUGGAUCCAGAUGACAACAGUACAGUCACUGAGUUAUUCCUAAAAGACUAUUCCUGUUUCUAAACUUUAAACUGGAAAUGUGUUUGUUUGGCUUAUAGAAAGGGUAUUCUUAUUUUCCAAGAGAAAGAAAGUAUAAAUAAUGUUAUGCCUUAAUCCAGUUUAGUAUGUGUGAGCCCAGUUGAGCUCUAGCAGGUGAAUGUUUGUUUUCUGUUCCUUAAUUGAAGUGCUGUGUUCAACAUCGUGUCUUAUUAAACUAAACUGUAAAUAUUCUGUAUUUUUGUACAAAACUGUGUUUUGUGAGUGUGUUUUUUUUUCUUUUAACAUUUUGCCAUUUUUGUACAAUUUUGUAGUUUCAAAAAUGAACACUCAUGACAUCAAAUAAAGAAAAGAA